AUGACGAGGAUGAUGGAAAUGUCUCUGUGUCUUCUGUUGCUUGGCCUUGCUGUGACCUACACUGCUGCUGCUGGUCCAGCCAGCUGCGUGGAUCGCUGUGGAGAGCUUUUCACCAGAGGCCAGCGCUGUGCCUGUGACUCCAGCUGCCUGCAACAUAAUGAGUGCUGCCCAGACUUCCAGGCUUCUUGCAUCACUGCUCAGUCCUGUCAGGGCCGCUGUGGUGAGACGUUCAGGCGCGGUCGGCUGUGCGAGUGCGAUCCACAGUGCAUCCAGUACAACACCUGUUGUCAUGACUAUCAGCAACACUGUGAUGCCAGUGUGUCGGUUUCAAACACCAAGGUUUUACAGCCUAAGAGGCCUGCAGCUUCAGGAUAUCUGGGAUCAGAGAGUAGCUGGAAAAGGUCCAACAGUGCAAGCGAGGAAUGGUACACAGGUGUGAGGAACAUCCCUGUCUCUCACGGCAGAGUUCCAGUCUCACCAGCACGUGGGUCCUCUCUGCCCAGCCACAGUGCUACGUGUCUGGGCAGCGGUGCUCCCGUCAGUCCCUCUGGUCCUGGAGCAGUUGAUGGCCCCAGUGACCCAGCAGUGACCCAGCCUAGACCCAGCACCCUGCAGGACGUAGCCCAGGCCUUGGGUCUGGGGGAAGGAGGUUCUGAGAGACCAGGGACAGGACUCCUUGCUGAUGCAAACCUGUGCAGUGAUUCUCCCAUCAAUGGACUGACAGCUCUAAGCAAUGGCACCAUUCUGAUAUUCAAAGGUGAUCUGCUCUGGUCGGUGGACUCCGUCAGUCGCUCAGUGGGUCGUCCACAGAGCAUCAUGGACACUCUGGGCGUCCCCUCUCCCAUAGACACUGUCUUCACACGCUGCAACUGCCACGGACACACCUACAUCAUCAAGGGAGACCAGUACUGGCGUCUAGAUGGGAACAUGGUGAUGGAGCCGGGCUACCCCAGACCUCUGGUCUCUGAGUUCCCAGGUCUGAAGGGACCCAUCAGCGCUGCGCUGGCAGUACCAGCCUCCAGCAGCAGAGCAGAGACCGUGUACUUCUUCAAGAGCGGAGACAUCAUGCAGAGGUUCACCUUUCCGCCAGGCAGCACUCCCUCCUGCAGCAAGAAACCAAUGGGCUCCCAAAGGAAACUCACUCGCAAAGCAGGUGGAGAGAUCAAUAUCAAAGUGUCUCUAAUGGGAUUCCCCACCCCGGUCACCUCCGCCCUGUCCGUGCCCAGUCCUCAGAAGAAAGACCCAUACGAGCACUACGUCUUCUCCGGACCUCUCUUCUUCAGAAUCCAGAUAUCAGGUGACCUGCCAGCGCUGUUUAAACCGCACCCGUCUGCAGUUCCCACGCCACUACCCAUCCUCAGCCCCGUCUCCGUGGCGACCAACGUGGCCGCUCAAAAUGCCAACGCUCUGCUCCCAGCCAACUCCAUCAGAGUUUGGCUGCGCUGUCUGUAG